UUUGUCCUGCGGUUUCUUGUUGCAAGUGCUUGCGUAGCAAGCUCGGUGGCCUUUGCUCCAUCCGCUCCUUUUGCGGGUCUUAGGAGCUCAGCACUUCGCUCCACAUGCGGCCGGGGACGUGCCGGAAGAUGCGUUGCCGGGCCCAAGAUGGUAGCGGUGGACACUGACAAGAUCGACACCGGCGAAGGACAGGUCAUGCGCCCUCGCUUCCUCAACUCUUGGGAGGAGAGCAAGGAGGCGCUUGUUGGAAGGUUUGGGUUCUCUCCCAACGAAGUUGAUCAGUACGCCGAGAUCAGCAAGGAGGACCUGGUGCACGCGUAUGGGAUGAUGCUGCUUUCCCGCCAGUUCGAGACGGCAUGCAACCAAGAGUACAUGAAGGGGAACAUCAGAGGUUUCAUGCAUCUUGACAACGGGCAGGAGUCUAUCCCCGCCCUUGUUGCCGACUCCAUCAAGAAGGGCGACAAGAAGUACAGCUACUACCGUGAGCACGCGCACGCUCUUGCCUCAGGAGUCGACGCCGGCGCCGUCAUGGCGGAGCUCUUUGGAAAGAUCGGAGGGACCUGCAAGGGAGCAGGAGGUUCCAUGCACAUCUACGACAAGGCCACCAACUUCCAGGGAGGCUGGGCGCUGGUUUCCGAGCAGCUCCCCUAUGCUGCUGGAGCCGCCAGGUCCAUCCUGCUGGACAGGAUGCUGCACCCCGAGCAGCACAAGGACGAUGACCGCAUCUCCGUUGUUUUCAUCGGUGAGGGAGGAGCUCAGAACGGACGCAUGGCAGAAUGCCUCAACGCCGCCGCCAAGGAGAACCUACCCCUCCUCUUCAUCGUCAUCGACAACGGCAGAGCCAUCAACACGUUCACAGGAGAUGUGGCCAAGAACCAGGACGUUUUCCUCCAGGGACAGCACUACGGUGUUCCCGGGGUCAAGGUCGACGGGCAGGACAUGGUGGGCGUUCUCCAGGCCGGGCGUGCGGUAGUGGACUAUGUGAGGAAGAGCGGCCCUGCUAUCCUUCAGGUCCACACCUUCAGGUUCAACGGACACUCUCCUGCUGACCCCGAGCACGAGAGAGGCCGCAAGGACGAGAAGAAGUGGGCGAGGAACGCUGCUGACCCCAUCAAGAUCUUCGAGGACAAGAUGCUCGCGUCGGGCAAGUUCACCGAGGAGGAGCUGAAGGAGCUCAAGGCUAAGGCCUCUGCCGCUUGCAAGGACGCGGUCGACUUCGCCAACAAGUCUCCUGCUCCCCCUGCCACCCUCGCCAAGGAGCUCGAGUUUCCCGAUCCCCCCUCCACCGACUACAACCAGCGCCCUGCCCCUGCUGGAGCUGAUGAGAUCAACAAGAGGAUCCUUGACCCCGAGGCACUGAGCAACUGCCAGGCCCACAUCUCCCAGCUGCGUGAGAAGGCCCAGGCUGGUCAGAUCACCAUCGGAGACGCGCUGAACCUUGCGAUCCUCGAGGAGAUGCUUCGGGACCCUUACACCACCAUCAAGGCUGAGGACCUUCAGGCCGGCUCCUCCUACGACAUCCCCAAGCUGACUCAGCAGACGUUCGGUAAGCUGAGGGCGUCCGACGAGAUCAUUGACGAGGGUCACUUCAUCGGCAAGGCGCUGGGCGAGGGCAUGAACGGCUACAGGCCCAUCGUCGAGCUCAUGAACACCAACUUCGGCAUCUACGGCAUGGCCGAAAUCUCCUCCUGCGGCAACACUUACGCCACUACCGGCGGAGAGUUUGACAUGCCCGUCACCAUCAUCGGAGCCGGAGGAACGGCCCCCGCCCAGUCCCUCGGAGCCGAGCACUCCCAGCCCUUCCACGCCUACAUCAUGGGGAUCCCCGGGCUCAAGGUCUGCACUGCCGCCUCCCCCGAGGCCGCCUACGGCCUUGCAAAGAGCAUGAUCCGUGACAACGGCCCCGGCAUGCUCUUCUGCCCCGUCAAGAUGAUGAAGGACGUGAAGGGUAGCCCUGAGCUCGACAAGUGCCUCCCCCUUAACAAGGCCGCUCUCCUCCAUGCUGCCUCCGACGCCGCGGUCAAGGAGGGCACCGCGGUGACCGUUCUGACCUACCUCCAUGGCGUGAAGGAGGCGCAGAAGGCCCUGCCGCUGAUCCAGGAGGAGGGGAUGGAUAUCGACCUUAUCGAGCUCCGAUCGCUGAAGCCCCUGGACAGGGAGACAAUCUUGGCGUCCCUCAAGAGGACCCACAAGCUCGCCAUCCUCGAUGAGUCCACUCAGUCCGGAGGAGUCGGCGCCACCAUCUCCGCCAUCGUCUCUGAGGAGAUGUUCAACGAGCUUGACGCCCCUGUCAAGCGCCUCUGCAUGGACGACGCGCCCGUCCCCUACUCGCUCGCCAUGGAGGCUGCGGUGGUGAAGAGAGACUCUGAUCUCGUCAAGGGUGUAGCCGACCUCGUGCUGGGUCGGUACUGAGCGGCAGCUGGAGGAGGAGGCGGUGAGUUGUGAAGCCUGCCGGGUCAGUUUUUGCGAGUUUGAGAAGAAGAGAAAGAAGAAGAUUGUAACAAAGCUUUAAGAUUGUU